CCUGGAGGAAGAUCCGCUUGAGUUCCCGCAAUGCGAAGUAGAGCUUCCUCGCUGGGCUGGCUGCUGACGCUCGCCAUCGUCUCCUCCACCAUCGCCGUCUUCCACUCGCCAAGAUGUGCUCAGGCCGCCACCAGCGCCAACAUUGGCAUCAACUACGGCCAAGUCGCAAACAACCUCCCAUCUCCGCAGCGAGUCGUGCAGCUCAUCCGCUCCACCACCAUCCGCAAAGUCAAGCUCUACGAUGCCAAUCCCCUCGUCCUCAGUGCCUUUGCCGGCAGUAGCGUCGAGUUCAUCGUCACGGUCAAGAACGAGGACAUCACCAGCCUCCUCGACUACCAAGUCGCGCUCAAAUGGGCCAGCGAGAACGUCGCCCUCUACAUGCAGUCCUCCCCCAUCAAGAUCAUCUCCGUCGGCAACCAGGUGCUCACCGAGGCCAACGUCUCCUCCUCCGUCCACACGCAGCUCGUCACUGUCAUGACCAACUUGCACACGGCCCUCGACGACCUCAAGCUCAGCCACCGGGUCUUCGUCUCCACUUCCCACUCCAUGGCCAUCCUAGGCAAGAGCUUCCCUCCUUCCGAUGGAGAGUUCAAGGACUCCAUCACCAAGCCGGUCAUGCUGCCGCUUCUCCGCUUCCUCAACCAGACCGGCGCCCCGUUCAUGGUGAACAUCUAUCCUUACUUCUCCUACAAGGCCAAGCCGCUCGACAUUUCCCUGGCGUACGCGCUCUUCCUCACCAACAACGGCGUCACCGAUUCAAAGUCGAAGCUCCACUACGACAACCUCUUCGAUGCACAAGUCGACGCUGUCUACUCGGCCAUGAGCAAGCUGGGCUUCACCAACAUCCCUGUCCUCGUCUCCGAGACGGGCUGGCCGUCAAACGGCUCUCCCAUCGAGCUGGCGGCGAGCGUCUCCAACGCGAUGACUUACAACCGGAACCUCGUCAAGCACAUACAAUCGGGGGCCGGAACACCGAUGCGACCAAAGCAGGAGCUCCAAGUCUUCAUCUUUGCUCUCUUCAACGAGAACAAGAAGCCCGGCCCGACCUCGCAGAGAAACUUCGGACUCUUCAGGCCGGGUGAUCUCUCCACCGUCUACGACAUUGGAAUUCUCCAGGGCCAUUCCACAUCUCCUUCCGGCAAUCCUCCACCACCUUUGCAAAUUCCCAUCCAGCAGCCCCCUCCAUCACCAUUUACCAUUCCAAUACCACGACCACCUUCACCAAUGACGACUAGAAGACCGCCACCGCCACCAAGACCGCCUCCAUCUCCAUACAGACCAGUUUAUCCACCGCCAUCGCGCUCUCCUUCACCACCACCUCCACACAUAACGAAACCACCACCAUCGCCACCGCCUCUUCCCACUUGUCCUCCAUCAAGACCAAUGCCACCACCACCAUCUUACUCCCCUCCUCCAGUCAUCUCAAGACCUCCUCCACAUCCUCCUGUGGUUCCAUGGCCGCCCGUCUAUCGUCCACCGCCUGUCUAUCCUCCCUCACCAUCCUAUCCUCCAGUUUAUCCUUCUCCAAUGCUGCCACCUCCAACACCUGUUUACGUUCCAUCACCCCGGCCUCCAUACUACUAUCCUCCGGUGAAUCCUGCUCCUGUUGUCAUGCUGCCACCACCUCCAUCGGCUCCGACGACUCCAUCUCCAGGCCAAGGCGGAGGAACUCACAUCUGGUGCGUAGCAAAACCGGGAGGUGAUACUGCGACGCUCAUGUCGGCUCUCAACUACGCCUGUGGUGAAGGAGGAGCAGACUGCUCGGCAAUUCAACCCGGUGGAAGCUGCUUCCAGCCAAAUACCGUCGAUGCCCAUGCUUCGUAUGCCUUUAACAGCUACUACCAGAAACACGGUCGGAAUUACUGGAACUGCUACUUCGAUGGGAAUGCACUGGUCACAGUAUCGGAUCCAAGCUCUGGUUCGUGCAUCUAUCCGUCUCAGUAAGGUUUUCGCGGUGUGUAAAUCGUGCAGUCUUUUGUAUAAUUGUGAGGCUCUACAAAUCCAAAAUGGUGAAGCUGUUGUUG